AUGUUAAGAAAGUAUCUAAAAACAGACUCGUUACCUCGACGAUACCCUUCUAACUACCAAAGUGAUCCUAACUAUCUUGAAAACAUAUUGGUAAGGUCUAAUUACUCUCUCUCUGGAUUUGCUACUUUAGAAACAAAUCAAUAUGAUUAUAAGGAUAUCGAAUAUCCAAUACCGUUUAACAUCCUGUUUAAUAAUGCCUCUACCCACUAUGUGAAUUUUGGUGUUCGAGAUGAUCGUUUUCCUUCCUUUGUUCAGUUUGGUGCUGUAAAUGGUUCCGCUUUUCCAAAAACCGAUUUUAUCUUUGCAACAGCUUGCUCGACGAACCACGUGUAUUCAGUAGUCAACGAGCUGUACUCUCUUCUGCUCGCCGAGAAGGAUGCGUCGAUUGUUCUCAUCGACAUCGGCAUCUCUGAUUCCUUCCUGAACUACCUCAUUUCCGAGCUCGUAGAGUUCAACAAACUCCGCGAGAGGCUUCAUGCGGAAGGACUGUUCUACUACCGCAAGUUCAAUUUCCAGAGUUUUCCUCAUUGGUGGAACAUCGAAGAUCGCUUGGUUCGAGGCGGCUACUCCUGGAAGAUCGCAGCUAUUUACGAUGUUCUCAUCGAGUCACAGAGAGUUUUGGUGUGGACAGACGCCGGGAAUCUGCUUCCUCCCGACAUCAACAAAGAUCUGAACCGAACGUUUACAUAUGGCGCGUAUACGCCUUAUUCGGGAGAUAACAUAAACAAAUGGGUCCAUCCGUUGUCUAGACGCUUUAUGGCGCGGCACAAGAUGGUUCGCAAGAUUAUGCCGGGACGUGGAAUGUGUGAUGGUGCCUAUAUGCUCAUCGACUAUAAUAACGCCACGGUGAUGAGCGACGUUAUCAUACCGUACGUUCAGUGUGCCUAUACUCGAAAGUGUAUUACUCCUUAUGGAGCGACGAGAAAGAAUCAUAGGCAGGACCAGGCGAUCAUAACGGUACUGAUGCACAGUGCAAUGAUAAAAGAAUCGUGCCAUGCCGCUUACAAUUCGCAAGUUCUCACGCACAAUGAUUGCAAGCAGCUUGAUAAGUGUGACUUAGUGAAGCAACGGGUUUUGAAUCUCAUUAGAAUGGUGUACUUUUAA